UAUAAUUACUUUUAAUAAGUGUGCAGAAUAAUUAAUAUCAUACUUGAAGAGUGGUCUAUUAUUGAGAGGGAGAAUUUCGUUUCGCUUUCACAAUCUCGAUUGUUUGUUUAUUUACUUUGAUCAGUGUCCUGUUAAUCCGGCGACAGAAUGUAUCGUCAGAUUUCUGUUGUUUUUCGAUAUUUCAUCGUAACCUUCUUAGUAGCCGAACUUAUACUAUUCAAUUGUGCUUUAUUCUAUGCAUAUUUUAUGAUCAAAGGAGCUCUGACGUCUUUCAGCAAUACAAACGGAGGAUUUAUUGAUAAAAUAUCAACAAACCCAUCAAUAAAAUCAUUACUGGAGGCUGGCAAGGAUGGAGGUCUUUCAAAAUUGCUUGAAGAAACAGUCGAACGGGUAUUUUUAAUUACUUACCCGAAAAACGAGCAAGAUGAUAUGCCAAAGUUAACAUUCUUAGGUGUUGAUAUGUCAAAUGCCGGCGAAUUUGGGUUCAUCUAUCGCCGUAUACAAACUUCAAACUUUAAGCAGAGUCGUCUCGUUAUUGACAUCGGCGCCAACGAUGGUCUUAUUUCUAGUAACUCUUUCAAUUUGAUACAACUCGGCUGGAAUGCUAUCCUUGUCGAACCAGUGCCUUCUCAGAUGGAUUUAGCCAAAAGCAACACUCGCAGGUUUGUUAGAAGUAAGAAAUAUCAGAAUGUCACCUAUGUGGAAGCAGCUAUUGGACAGCGAGAUGGGUUUUCAGAAUUUGUUAUCACAGAUGACCUUGGAACUAUGCAGAAUCAUCUUGCUUCAAGUCACCACAGUGUAGGAGUUGGUAGAAAGUCAACUAUUCAAGUUAAAUGCUUCAGUGUAAAGACAUUUGUUUUCAAGUACAAUGUUCCCAAGAAGUUUGGUGUUUUGUCUAUAGAUGCCGAAGGUACUGGAGACAAGAUCUUAAAACAGUUCAUUAAACUUGGCUUCCGCCCGACCUACAUUAUCUAUGAGGCUCUGCAUAACUCUGAACCAAUCUUAGAAACCAUGGAUUAUCUCCAUCGGAAUGGAUACUUUCCGCAGAGUAAACGAGGAUGGAAUUAUAUCUUUGAAUACCAAUUUUGAAUAUUUCAAGUUAAAUAAAAAUAGCUGUGGAAGAGAGAGUGAUG